UCAGGCUUUUCACUCUUGAUGUCACAUGUUGUCUGACAUAAUCACAUGAUCGCGUCUGAAAUUGAUCGACGUCAAGGGAGUGUCUUUCGAAUUUAAUUAUUUUUUUCGUGCAACAAUGCUUCGACAAUUGUCACUCUUUUUCGCCAUUUUUGCCGCAGUUCAUGCCAGUGGCGAAUUUGUCGUUCUUCAUUCACCUGAUAGCGUGGAAUUUACUGUAAAUGGAGAGGUUGAGCAAAGCAGUCUUAAAGAGAUCCUAUCGGCAGCUCUUGGUUAUACUGGAAAGCAGAGGGAGUCAGAGCAUAGCAUUGCCAUAUGGGAUCCAUUUUCAAUGCCCAAGGCAUUAGUUGCUAUACCUAUAGAUGGAAUAGAACAAUUGCCAUUCUUAAAAGACAAAACUAAAAUUACAUAUCCUCUGAUUGUUGAUGAAGCGGAAGAGACUACUUGGCAAGCAAUUAGAAGCAGAGUAGAAGAGCGAAGCAAUGAUAAUACAUUGGUCAGGAUUAAUUUGAGUGAUGGAGUUGAUGCUCUUGGCCAAUCAGCUCUUGGUGAGCUCAAGCCUGUUAACAUGGAGAAAUUGAAGUCGCUGAGUUCAGAGGUCGAGGAGGAUCGCAGGUUUGUCGAGGAAAUGCAACUUCUCCAUGCUAUCGCCGACAAUGCAGUCUCUGCAAAGAAGCAUGAUUCUGGCACGGAUGUUUAUUGGUUGGUGGUAUCAGCACUCAGACCUGUUCUGGAUCUGCAUGGGAACAAUUCUGCACCAGCUAAAGAAUCAUACACAUUAUUGAAUGAUGCAAUGGAACAUGUUUCCAAGGCUUUUGUAAAUACUUACGACGGCAAGGUUGUCAUUGCGGCCUUCACAAACGAUGCCAGCAAAGUGAGAAACGCCCGCUCUAUCCGUCUUGAGAGAAAACGUAGAGAUGCUCCGCAAGACGACGAGCAAGAUGAGCAAAAUAAUAAAAAGGACGAAGAGGGGACAGAUAAAAUGACUAGUACUAUUGAAACCAACUCUGUCAGCACUACUGAACGUACGGGCGUUCAGAAUAAUAGCGGGACGUCGGAAAAGUCCGACGAAGUUAAUCAGGAGUAUAAGAUAAAUACUAACACACAGACAAUAGGACAGCUCGAAUUUUCCGGUCGCGCAAAACCUUAUACGGACAAUUAUCCUGCCAUCUUUAACAUAAUACUGUGGUUUGGCGUUGUUUUCGUCUUCUCCCUCUUAGCCACUUGUAUCGCUAUUGCCGAUAUGGAUCCAGGACGAGAUUCCAUCAUUUAUAGAAUGACAUCGAAUAGAAUGAAGAAAGAUAAUUAAGGGUAAAUACAUAAUUAUACAUAUUAUACAUAGAUAAUAUAAUUUUGUAACAUAUGUUUCUGUAAAAUGCUAUGCGAAAUGUAAUUCGUCAAAGCAUCUGUAUAUGUAAUUUAUCAAAUUUAAUUUGAUUAUAUGUGAUUGUAUCAAGUAAGAAAAUAGGAUUUUAUUGUAUAUUUCUAUAGCUUCUGAAGUCUUUCAAUUAAAUAAUCUAAACUUGUUGAAUUAUUAAAUUGUAAUAAUAUACAUAAUUAUAUCACUUUAUUGAAAUAUGGGAACAUCAUUAUAAAAUUUUUGUAUCUUUAUUUCGCAUAUUCCGUAAAGGCUAAACAUUAUCCUAAAUAUAAUGUAAUCGCGUGCCUUUCCUAACUUAA